AUGUCUGCUUCUGCUCAAAGACUCCACUCUCCUUCCCCUCCCUCAUCCAGCUCGUUCAUUCUGGCUAACACUGGAGCAAACCAGGAGUAUCAGCUGCUUAGGCCACCUUUAGCCUCUCCAUCCAAGCCACACUGGGUUCCAUUGUUUAGUGCUGUUCCAGGAACAGCCGUUAAAGAUAUGGAGCUGCUUCAGGAAGACUGUAAGCGGAGGGGAAUGGAAGAUCUUGCUGCUUGUAUUCAGACUCUUCAUCACUUGGGAGUGCCUCAUCCUGCUCUUACUGCCCUCACUGCUCUCAGUGCUGGAGCUGUCCUAGCGGGGGCGCUGUGCAACCAUAACCCACAGCUUCUUAGAGCUGUUGUUCUACAGGCACCUUUUCUGGAUCUUCUUGGCACAAUGCAAGACCCCCAUAUAAGAGAACACAUGGAUAACAUUGCCUCUUACUGUCCCUGUUACAACAUUAUACCUCAGCUUUACCCAUCCAUGCUGAUCACUGCAUACUCAGAGGACCGUAGAGUUCCUUUAUCUGGGGUCAUGAAGUAUGUGGAAAGACUUAAGGCGGCAGUACAUGUUCACCUGUGCCUCUUUAAUUGACAUGUUCAAGCAGCACGUGUCCCAGCGGUCAUUCUGGACCUGCAGCCAGGUGGUGAUCACUUUGGCCCUGAGGAUUUUCAUCUGCCCUUGAAUGAGACUGCCCGACAGUUAGCCUUUCUUUACACAGAACUUGGACUUGACCAACCACAAACUCGACUGAGACAUAAAGAAAAAGUCAAAUAAUCUCAAUUGUGAAAUGAAACUCAAUUGUAUGUGUGAGUGAAAAACAACCAGACAAAGUUCUUCUGAUUUUUCUUCUUAACCAAACGUUUAUUUUGUUACAUAGAUACUAGUUCCUUUUGAAUGAAAUGUUAUACAGACAAAAACC